UUCAAAGCUGACAAGUCAAGAAAGGAGAAGACGCAAAAAAGAGGACUUAACGCUAUGCCUCCAAGGAAAGAACCCUGCAGGAAUUUUAUGCGGGGCAGCUGUCAAUAUGGUGAACGUUGUAAAUUUCUUCAUGCUGCCCAACAACAACCGAAGCCAAAUCCAUUUGGGUUUGGCAGCCAAUCCUCUAAUUUUCAGAAUACGAAUAUGCAGCAGACAAAGUCCAACCCUUUCGGUUUUGGUGUUCAGAGCAACUCCCAGCCAAGAGGGUCCAGUGAUUUGGGGCUCAAACAGAAUCAAUACAAGCCUUUUGAAAACAAGUGGACUCGUUCUGCAACUACCAACAGUUCUUCAUCGCGGCAAACCGACAAUCAGCCUGUAGCACCUAAUCACACCUGCACAGAUGCUGAGUCAUGCAGACGCCAGAUUGUGGAAGAUUUUAAUAAUGAGAAACCAUUGUGGCUUCUUACCUGCUAUGGUCAUCGUAAAAACGGUCCAUGUGAUAUUACUGGUGAUGUUAGCUAUGAAGAGCUGCGAGCAGCAGCAUACGAUGAUGCGAAACGUGGACAGAGCUUGAUGUCUAUUGUUGAGAGAGAGAGGAGCCUAGUUAAUUCUAAAGUAGCUGAAUUUGAAAAUCUAUUGCGAAAUCCUUAUGCAUCUACAUCAACUUCUGCUCCUAAUGCUCAAAGUCCUUUUCCUGGUGGCAUACCAAGUGCCUCAUUGAGUGCUCAAAGUCCUUUUCCUGGUGCCGCACCAAGUGCCUCAAGUCCUUUUCCUGGUGCCUCAUUGAGUGCUCAAAGUCCUUUUCCUGGUGCUGCACCAAAUGCAUUGUCGAGUGCUCAAAGCAGUUUUCCUCCUUCAGCCUCAAGUUUUAGUCAGUUGGGAACCAUACUGAAUACAGGGACAUCAACUCCACCAACUAGUACAUUUGGGCAACCCAAUCUCCCUGGGAACUCUUUUAAGACAUCAAAUUCGUCUGGGGCGAAUGCUUUUUCAUUUGGGAAUACAUCAGCAUCAGGUUCCUUUGGCUUCGGAACCCAAGUCUCUACCCAGUCAUGUCAAAAUCCUUCCACUCCCAGCAAUAUUUUCGCAAGUUCUGGGAGGAACUUAUUUUCCACCUCUACGACCUCACCACAUUUUGCUAAUCCCUCUGGUGGCCAACUUCCUACUCCUUCUCAAGGGGGUUUUCCUGUUACGGCAUCCCCUGUCAGUAUCAACUUGACGAGUACCGCAUCAACAGAGGACUUCAGCGGGGAUAACAGCAUUUGGACAAAGAAGGAAUGGAAAAUUGGGGAGAUUCCAGAAGAAGCACCCCCAGACAGAUAUGUUUUCUAGGAAUGCUUCUGGGACUGACUAUUGAAGGUUUUCAGUUCAAAUCAGAUACAGAAGAAACUCUGUUUUCACGUCAACGUAGAAGCAGAAAAUUUUGGGCAUUUGAUUAAAGUUCCUACAUAGUUAUGCUUGUGAAAAGGGGGUUUUACCAUAUCUUCUUCCUUUUAUUACACUUCUGAAGAGGGGUAAAAUACUGUUUUCUUCAGCUGUUUAAAGAGUUGUAAUAUCAUCAAGUUGUUAGCUUGUGUAUG